AGAGGGAGGGAGCUGGGAGCUGGCUACUUACUCUGGUCGGGUUCUGUACAGUCAGAUCCAGCAGUGUGGUCAGCUUCGGCUUUGGGUUCGCAUCAGCUGCAUUCUCCUCCACUUCUCUCUCUCUCUUUCUCUUUCUCUCUCUCUCUCUCUCUUUAGUUGCAGCUCUCCUGUUCUUUCUCGCUUUCCUGAAGAAGGAGAAAACAGACUGCAGCAUCUGCUUCACAUUUGCUAAGUUCCUUGACCUAGUUGAAAACACAAAUUAUCACCAUGGAGGCCAUCAAGAAGAAGAUGCAGAUGCUGAAGCUGGACAAGGAGAACGCCAUCGACAGGGCGGAGCAGGCCGAGACGGAGCAGAAAGCAGCGGAGGACAGAUGCAAACAGCUGGAUGAUGAGCUGAUGGCCCUGCAGAAGAAGCUGAAGCAGACUGAAGAUGAACUGGACAAGUACUCUGAGGCCCUGAAAGACGCUCAGGAGAAACUGGAACUUUCUGAAAAGAAAGCUGCUGAUGCUGAAGGUGAUGUGGCAGCGCUAAACCGCAGGAUCCAGCUGGUGGAGGAGGAGCUUGACCGAGCCCAGGAGAGGCUGACCACUGCCCUGCAGAAACUGGAGGAGGCAGAGAAAGCAGCAGACGAGAGCGAGAGAGGAAUGAAGGUGAUCGAGAACCGUGCCAUGAAGGAUGAGGAGAAAAUGGAGAUCCAGGAGAUGCAGCUAAAGGAGGCCAAGCACAUCGCAGAGGAGGCUGACCGAAAAUAUGAGGAGGUGGCCCGUAAGCUUGUGAUUCUCGAGGGUGAACUGGAACGAGCAGAGGAGAGAGCCGAGGUGUCCGAAUGCAAGGCCAGUGAUCUGGAGGAGGAGCUGAAAAACGUAACCAACAACCUCAAAUCCUUAGAAGCUCAGGCAGAGAAAUACUCAGAAAAAGAAGACAAAUAUGAAGAGGAGAUCAAGGUCCUUAGUGAUAAACUGAAGGAGGCUGAGACCCGCGCUGAGUUUGCAGAGAGAACAGUGGCCAAACUGGAAAAAUCCAUCGAUGACUUGGAAGAAAAAUUAGCAAGCGCCAAAGAAGAAAACCUCGGAAUGCACCAAGUCCUGGACCAGACGCUCCAAGAGCUGAACAGCAUAUGAAGGGGGGAUGGGCGAAGUUUCAUCUUACAACAUUCCAUGAACAUCCAGCGUAAUUCCAUAUCUCCCGCUAUUCAAACCUGUUUCCUCACAGAGGAUUAAUUUAAUGUGUCCAUAAUAUUUCAUUUGUCACUUUACCCUCUUCUGUAACUCCCCCAGUGUUUGAUGAUCGGUGAUGGUUGGCUGCUGAGGUGCUCACCAAGUGCCCUUUAUUUUUACCAAAAGGCUUUUUUUUUUAAAGAUGUGUUUACAUUAUAUGUGAAACAUCCAAAUUUCCUGCAUGCAGUUUAUUUUUCACACUCGCUGAGUGAACGGUGUGGUCAGAUAGUCUGCCAUCUGCUGGUCAAUCAAUGGAUUUUUUUUUGUUGAAUGAAGGUUGCAUUUGAAGAAUUUUAUUGUACUUUUUAUUAUUAUAAUUUGGGGGGGCUUUUUUUUAUUAAUUCCAUUUUUAAACCUACAGCAAAAAACAAGACUGAGGGACCAAAAGUAGUAAACUUUUAAUAUGCCAAAUAAAACUGCCAAACAUAUCAUGUGUAAAUCAAACACCUCUAUGGGUGCAAAGCUCUAGAGAGACUGGAAGUCAGUGCAUGAUGCCAUCCAAUACUCCACAUGUAAUACGGACCAAAUUGUAAUAAUGCUCUGCAUUGCUCUGUGCCUUUCUUAAACAAGUCUCUUCUUCACUUUCCAAGUAAUAAAUUUGUACAAAAACA